AUGGACGGCAUUGACGAAGAGGCUGAGCUUGGCCCCCGCUCAUUGUCACGUCCCAUCAGUCCUCCGAGGAAGAGACAAAAGACGGACGAUCAAAGGGCUGCCAGGCCCGACCCUUUGCUGAAACAUGAGGGGAGCAGCACAAAAAGCGGCUCCGUGAGCGAGACCGCAUCUGAGCUAGAUGUUGCAUCUGGAAGCAACGAUGCUCAUCAGCAGCCGUACCAAAAGACGCCUGCAGCAGCAACAUUCAGCUCGCCCUUUCGUCUGACUCGUAUUCGUGACCUCGGAGAGGAGGAUAAUGUCGAUGCUCUCAGCUUAAACGACCUCAUUGGUGAUCCGCUGAUUGCUGAAUGCUGGGACUUCAACUACCUCCACGAUAUCCAGUUCCUUCUUGAUGCCCUAGACCAAGACGUGCGCGACCUCGUCAAAGUGCAUGUGGUCCAUGGAUUCUGGAAGAAAGACGAUCCUAACCGGGUUCUUCUUCAGGAUGAUGCCGAAAAGCACAAGAAUGUAGUGCUGCACACAGCCUUUCUCCCUGAGAUAUUUGGCACCCACCACUCCAAGAUGCUGGUUCUUCUGCGUCAUGACGACACGGCGCAGGUCGUGAUACACACCGCCAAUAUGAUCCCGAAGGACUGGACUAAUAUGACAAACGGAAUAUGGCUGUCACCUCGCCUUCCUCUUCUCCAGGGUCAGGAUCCUGCAGCUACCAGCGAGUACGAAAGUUUGGCCGAGGGUACUGGUCACAAGUUCAAGGUUGAUCUGCUAAACUAUUUGAAGGCGUAUGAUAGCAAACGAGCUGUCUGUCGAGACCUGGUAAGAAAUCUGGAGAGAUAUGACUUUUCCAGUAUACGCGGUACCCUCAUCGCCAGCGUUCCGGGACGGCAUGAUUUUGGCGACCUGUCAACUAGUGCUUGGGGAUGGGCAGCUAUCAAGAGGGCGCUUCGGUCUGUGCCAUUGCAAGUCGGUAAAUCUGAAGUCGUGGCACAGAUAUCGUCCAUUGCAACGCUCGGCCCAACAGACACUUGGCUCCAAAGAACACUCUUUGAGUCCAUGUGCCGAGGAAAGACCGCAGGUGUUAUACCAAGACCGCAAUUCAAGAUCAUGUUUCCUACUGCCGACGAGAUUCGGCGCUCGUUAGAUGGCUAUGGCUCUGGUGGUUCCAUACACACCAAGAUACAGUCAGCCCAGCAAGCAAAGCAGUUGAUAUAUCAAAGACCCCUACUUUGCCACUGGGCCAACGAUUCGCCACACGGUCAAGAUCUUGGUCAAAACGUCUCUAUCCUAGAUGCGGGCCGGAACCGAGCUGCGCCGCACAUCAAGACGUACAUCAGAUACGGAGCUAAUUCUAUCGACUGGGCGCUGCUGUCUUCAGCCAAUCUGUCGAAGCAAGCCUGGGGUGAUGCGACAGGCCCGGGGGGCCAGACAAGGAUAUCCUCGUGGGAGAUUGGGGUGCUUGUAUGGCCCGAGUUGUUCGCCAAAGAUGCGCUGAUGACCACUGUUGUCAAAAGAGACACACCAUCGAUAGAAACGACGAAUCUAGGUUUGGGCCGUCCUGUAGUAGGCCUGCGUUCCCCAUAUAGCAUGCCGGUACAGAGAUACGGCCAUGGUGAAGUUCCUUGGGUGGCAACCUUGUCGUAUUCAGAACCCGACUGGGCAGGUAACAUUUGGUGA